UGUCAAUCGCGAGUGCAUUUAUUAGUUAAUUAAUUAAUUAAUUAAUUAAUUAUAAAGUUGAGUAAAAUUACAACAUGCUGUUUCUUAAAGUAUUAAAUAAUAGUUUAAAGAUUGAUUAAACACCUUCACCUUAUAUUAGCAGUGUAGGAUCCAAUUUAAGUACUGAUAGGGAUUCAAGCACUAAUAUAAGCUGUGACGGUCUUCCGAGGCUUGAUAAACUUUGCUGCAUUUAAUUAUUUUUAAAAGUGACAACAUAGGAUUUAGAAUUUGAAGAAUAAGUUGGUUAAUAAAUGAAAGAAAGAAGUGAAAAGUUAGUGACAAGUUGGUAGGAGGAUGAGACAAGAUUCAAUAAGCGACCUGUCGUUAAAUGUGACGAGAGCACACUUACCUCUCGCCCUGGAACAAUGAGCUCCAUAGACUUUGAUGAGGUCUUGGUGCAUGUCGGUGAGAAGGGCCGAUAUCAAAAUAUUAUGUACUAUCUCUUAUGCAUACCGGCUACGCUACCUGCGGCUUUCUUGGCCUUCUCUCAGGUAUUUGUAAGUGCAACACCAGAUCAUUGGUGCAGGAUACCAGAGCUAGAAAAUGUAACAAGUUACAUGACACUAGACGAACGUAAGGCGUUAUCGUUACCCUACACUGUAAGAUCAGACGGCAAGCGUCAGUACUCAAGGUGUUUUAUGUACGACGUAAAUUACACCUCGAUAAUAGAAGAAUGGCUGCACCAAGUAAACUAUUUGGCGAACGACGGGAUUUCGACCGCGCAAUUUCCCACCCCCGUCAGCAAAAGGGACUGGCCCGUCACCAAGUGCAUCUACGGGUGGAGUUACGAUAAGCGAGACUACGACAGCACUCUCGUCACAGAGCUAGAUCUGGUAUGUGACAACAGUUGGCUACCAUCUACAUCCACGACAUUUUUCUACGUCGGAAGUCUGUUUGGCAACGUAGUGUUCGGAUGGAUCGCUGACAAAUGGGGCAGAAGAACAGCUUUCUUCGCGAUACUCUUUCUAGAAGUAAUAUUUUCAAUAGCAACGAGUUUUAGUCCUAAUUACGUUGUGUACACAGCACUUAGGACUGUCAACGGUCUAUUUUUUCCUGCCAUAUAUCAAAUACCGUUCAUUCUUGUGUUGGAACUAAUGGGUCCAAGGUACAGAACUUUUGCGGGAAUGGUUAUUUGUAUGUUUUUCGCCACCGCCAUGUGUCUUCUCGCGUUGCUGGGAUAUCUUUUAAGAAAUUGGUUCGCGCUGUCUCUAGCAACGUCAGUACCUUUUAUUUUACUAUUCAGCUAUUGGUGGAUAAUUCCAGAGUCUCCUAGAUGGCUUCUCAGUAAAAAUAGGAUAGACGAAGCUGAAGUAAUCGUCCAACAAAUGGCGCGAAUAAAUAAAAAAACUGUUCCAACUAAUUUUUUACGCAAAAUAGAGAUGGAAACUUUAAAAAAACGCGGACUAGCGUGCAACGGGAGAAAUUCAAAUGAACUAACUCUGGAAAUGCAGAACAUUGAAGACCGGCCACCACCCCCGUCAGCAACUCCGAUGGACAUAAUAAAAAACCCAAAUAUACGAAAAAAAUUUUUUAUACUGGCAUUCGAUUGGGUUGCUAAUGCCGUUGUUUAUAAUGGCCUCUCGUACAACACGACAAAUCUCGGAGUCUCUGACUACCUCGCAUUCUUUAUCGGUGGUAUUGUUGAAAUACCUUCUUAUUUUAUUACUUGGUAUGCUAUGGAUAGACUCGGAAGACGAUGGGUUCUGUGUCUUACAAUGCUUCUUGGUGGAGUUGCAUGCGUGUCCUGUAUGUUUGUACCAGAAGAUGCAGUAUGGGUGACAGUUUCACUAGCGAUGAUCGGAAAAUUCGGUAUCGCAGCGUCAUUCGCAGUAUUUUACGUGUUUGUCGGUGAAUUACUCCCCACAGUACUGCGUUCUCAAGCCAUGGGAAUAGCUUCAUUUAUCGCUGGAAUAGGAUUAUUAACAUUUCCAUACAUAGUACAUUUAGCAGUAUACUCCCGAGUCUUACCACUUAUAAUAAUGGGAUCACUGAGUGUCGCCGGUGCACUUACGUCUGUUUUUUUACCGGAAACUCUCAAUAUUCAUUUGCCACAGACAAUCGAGGAAGGCGAACGUUUUGGAGCUGAUUUUAAACUGUGGUCCUGCCCGACCUUACCAAAAAGUUCAACUUCUAAAAAAAGAAGACGGCCGUCUUUGUCGUUAAGAUAUUUAGUCAAUGGCCGGCCGGGGAGCCGCAGAAGGUCCACUAAGAUAACUUCCGAAGCCGGACAGCAAAACCAACAAGAAGCCGGUGAAAAAACAGUAGUGACUAUCGACGCGAGUAAAGACGAACUCGAGCACUUAAAUGCUACCGAUAAAACAAUUAAUGAAUUUAGAAAUAGUUACGAAGAAGAUGAUGAAGAAGACGAAGAAGAACGUGCUGAAAUAGUUGUUGAAGUGUCGCGAUAAUUUUCGUGGUUGAUAUUAAUUUAUAAUAUUGAUAUUAAUUAAUAUAAAUAUAAAUAUAAAUAACGAUAAUAAUAAUUAACAAUUAAAUGAUGCUGGUGAUUGUGUGUUAAAUUGUUAUAAUAAGUUUGUAUUAUAAUAUCUGUAUAGGCA